GAAAUUCCAGGCUAGCUCCUGAAAGUUUUCGUCCCAAAGAGAUGAGGCGAUGUGUUUGAAGCACGUCCGGAUUUUGGGAAUCAGAAAAAUCAACUUUUGAUGGAACCCAAGAGCCAACCUCCAAUCCCAUUCCUCAUAAGAAAAACCAAACUUCUAAUCUCGAACCUUCAUGGUUUGGUUGUCACCAUCAGAAGGAAGCAGGACCUAUGCCCCCUGCGCGUUAACUUCAACGUUGGAUUCAUGCAACUGCUGGCUAGCUGUUCGAUGAAAUGCCCGAGAGAAAAGUGAAGAUCCCCACGAGCGGUUGUUGCAAAGAAAACCUCCCUACAUGAGAUUUUCCACCGCGUCUAUAAGUAUCCACUUCGCCUCUAACCUUUGAAAAGUUUCAGCUGCUUCUCCUUCUGAACCUAAAGAUUGCAGAUACAUACUUCCCCUGCUCAACUAAACACUGUUUUUAGCUUCUGUAAGUUCUUGGGCCUAACAAUGGUGGGUAGUAUGCCACCUUGCCUCCUUUUACUGAAACUUGGCUUCCUAUGCAUUGCAGCCUUCUUCAGCCAUGCAUCAGGAGACUGUGCACUGGACUUCAAGGCGUUCCCAUACCAACCCACUGGCGAAUGCGUCGGUAACAAUAAGGUAGAAGUGAAGGAUUUGAACACCAUCAGCACAACACUCUGCUGUAGAAACGUUCUUCAAGUCAUAACCCAAAACCUCGCCCUGAGAGCAAGCCAAACACAUGGCUCUCUCUUUCUUCCACAAGACCAAUGGAAAGAAUGCAGUGGCCCUUUUCAGGAGCAGAACUCUGUUUCUCCACUCUCUUGUGGGUUCGAUUUGCUGUACAGUGGGAACGGCCCUUGUUCCGCCCUAUCUUUGGCAACAUUGGAGCAGCUCUCUGGGUUCAGAACUACUGUCAAUUCGUGUUCAAAUCUUAAUGCUUCGUUUGAUAACGCUUGCAGCACUUGUGCUCAAGCGAUUGUGUCUAUGAGCACACAUUUGAUGUCGAACGCUCACGUUAGCAGUGAUGACAGCACUCAAGCAAUGAUGUGCACAGUUGCUGUCGUGGUGGCGAUUGCAGCACAGAAGUUGGAGGCGGGAUCUUCUGUCGAUGAUCUUUACAGGUGUUUGCCUGUCAUGCAGGAUUUUGGUGGCUCAAAUGAAGGCUACGUGAGAAUCAAAAAUUCCGUGGCGAAAGCAGCAGGUUCCGUCCUAAUAGCCGUCGUGAUACUAAUUCUAGUUCUCAUCCUCGUCAAAUUCGUGACGAGGAGCAAAGACAAAGGUAGAAGGAAAGCUGGGAAACCACUUCUGGAAUCCCAAGAAGUCACGGCGUGGUCUGGUCUCUACAGAUUCUCCAAGUACGAGAUUCAGAAUGCCAUGAACUACAAUACCAGUACCAGUGAGAAGACGAGCCUCGGGAGAGGAAGUGCUGGCCAGGUUUACAAAGGCGUUUUGCCUAGUGGACAAGUUGUAGCAAUCAAGCAUAUCCAUCAGGGACAUACUUCAGAUUCCUUCCAUCGUGAAGUUGAAGGGCUUUCCAGGAUUAGACAUCCCAAUCUCGUUUGUUUGUUUGGUUGCUGCAUUCAUGGCCCUGAUCGGUACCUCGUUUAUGAGUUCUGCUCGGCUGGCAACUUAGCUCAGCAUCUGCUAAGAAAAGAAUCAGUUCUAACCUGGGAAAGAAGAGUUAAGAUCCUGAGAGGGUGCGCCCUUGGUCUUAGAUACCUCCACCACUACAUUGAUGGUUGCAUUGUUCAUAGAGACAUUAAGCUUACAAACAUCCUUUUGACUGAGGAGUUGGAGCCCAAGCUGUCAGAUUUCGGAUUAGCAAAGAUGAUAGGCAUGGAAGAGAGCAAAGUGUUCACUGAAGUCAGAGGAACUAUAGGCUACAUGGAUCCUGAAUACAUGAGCAACGCCAAAUUGACAUGUGGCAGUGAUAUCUACAGCUUUGGAAUCGUUAUUCUUCAGUUGUUGUCAGGCCAAAAGGUCAUUGAGCUUGAUCUUGAUGCCAGAGACCAGAUCACCAGAAAGGCAAAGGAUGUGAGCCUGGGGAAAAGGCCACUGCUAGACUUUGAGGAUCCAAGGCUCCAUGGAGAUCUCAACACCGAGGAUUUUGAAGCCAUCCUUCAAAUUGCAGUCCUUUGUGUGGCGAAAUCGAGCAAAGGUCGUCCUACGAUUGAUGUUGUGCUUGAAGUUUUGGAGAAGGCUUGGAAGAACACAGUUGCUCACAAGAAAACAAGGCCUGAAGUUAGCUCACCUGGAGCUUCUUCAUAUUCACAUUCCAUAGAUGUUAUCCCUACCUGAGACAAAACAUCAGAAAAGAACAGAGCCACAGUAAAGCAAAGAGUGGACAAAAUAAAGGAAACAACUUGGUUUUUUGUUUCUUUUUUCACAUCAGUGUUUGUGGCACAAGAAAGAAAGAGAGAAGCUUUUGAAAUUGCCAUCUUCUUGUCUGUUUAAAGUUUGUUUAUUUAUUAGCUUAGUUUCAGAAUGUAUUUUAUUCAAUUAGAGUGCAAGGGAUUAUCACUUAUUUCUAUGUACCAUUCUCUAAUGUAAUAUACCGUCUGUAGUUAGAGAAAAGGAAUGCAGUAUUCAAAGAGCUGAUAAUGAGAAUCCUCACUUUUGCCUUCAUCAUAGAUUCCUUUUGAUAUCCAACACACUCUCAGGUAAUUUGCAACAUGUUACUGAAGCCUUGUGGAAAUCCAGAAGAAGAGUAUCCCCUAAAACCAUCGUCCAUUUUGACUUUAGGUUCCAUUUCGUCUAUUAGAAGAUUGGGCACUAAAAACCUUAGGGUCAG